CUCGAUGCUAAUUUCAGUUCUCUGCUCGUCGAAAUUUAUGUUCGAGCGAGAGAUAAGAGGCAGCCUCAGGAUGGACAAUUCAAAUCAUCUCGCCACUUGCCAGCCUUCGAGUGCCCACUUCCAAGAGCCCGAUAAACCGAAGAUCCGAACCCGUUCGUGAGCUAGGCUGCCUGCAGCCAGUCAGAGUGCGUCUCCAAACGCGCCUUUCCUCUUCUGCAGGACACAAGGUUGUAUCGUAUCUCCACCGUUUCCGUGAACUGAGCAUCUGUCAGAAGGUUGUAUCUCAGUCCAUCCCCCGUCCAAAUCCAUGGACCCUCGACCUCAUCUCAACCUCAGCCUCCUCCCUCCCUCCCCUCGCUUUUGCUUCUAUCGUUGCUGAUAUCUAAUUUGUCUUUUCUUUCUUUGUCAUUUAGACGCAUCUCUUUCUGCGUCUGUUGUACAACAUUAAUACCCCUGUUUGUGUCGUUCUGGGCCCUUAUCAUCGCGUCCCUUUUCGGCCUCGCCCUCGCUUCUCUGCGUCCCUUGUGUCCUAUUUUUACCAGAGCCGCAUACUUCAAUAAUUCUCUUUUCUUAUUUCUAUCCUGUCUGGAUCACUCAUAAUCCUAAUCGACCCGACCCUGCCUUUCUGUCCACCUUUACAUCCAUUUCCAUGCAAACGAGCUCAGGAACCGGUCCAAAAUCGACACCCUCUCAAUGAUUUCGCCCGCCUCGUUAUUCACUUAGAUCUGUGGCCGGAUCAUGCGUCUCUCACAAUGUCUUCUCUCUGCAGCUUUUCUUUACGGCAGCGCCAAUGCCUUCAUUCCGUAUCGUUUUAAGGUCAAGACCGCCCCUUCUGGUUCCGAUAGCGAGAACGACAGCCUCGAUCGACGUUUCGUGCCUGUGAAGUUAUUAUCUGGCGAUAUAUCAUUAGAUUACAAGGAAGCUACGGACACUCACGAUGACGAAUUACUGUCUCUGGACAUCAAAAACACCCGCGUUCGCCGUGACAACAUCUACAAAGUCGUUCUGGCCGACAAACCUACCUCACCAAACACCGUCGCUCUCCACCAGGAUGGUCUCGACUACUCAUACUUUGCGACUGUGAAUGUUGGCACGCCUGGUCAACCGGUAUGGAUGAUGCUGGAUACAGGAGGCGCGAAUACAUGGGUGUUCAGCGAGGAUUGUACGGCCGAGCCUUGCAGGAUGCACAAUACUUUUGGGGAGGACUCUUCUUCCACUGUUAAGAUGACGAAGGACAAAUUUCAGGUGGGAUACGGUUCAGGCAAUGUCAGCGGCGUUCUUGUCACGGACCACCUUGCAAUUGCUGGUAUCAACGUGGAGAUGACGUUUGGAUUGGCCAGGGAAGCGACGGACGACUUUAUAAACUACCCGAUCGACGGCAUUCUUGGUUUGGGACGAUCCAACGAUACCUCGAUGGGAAGACCACCUUUCAUGGACCUUGUCGCGGAGCAAGGAGAUCUCGAGAAGAACAUUGUUAGCUUCCAUCUGUCCCGCAACUCCGAUGGUGCAAGGGAUGGAACAGUCACAUUUGGCGGAGUGGAUACCACUAAGUUCAGCGGAGACAUUGCCUACACCGAUGUCGCCAAUUCAAGCAUUCAUUGGAGCAUUCCUCUGGACGAGGCCAGCGUCAAUGGAGAGAACUGCGGCUUCGAGGACAAAUUCGCCAUUAUUGAUACAGGAACUUCGUACUCGCUGCUUCCCCCGAAAGAUGCAGCAGCGGUGCAUGCACUCAUCCCAGGCUCGAAACAAGUUUCAGACGAGAAUUAUAUUCUCCCGUGUGACUCAACUGCUGAUGUCCAGUUUACCUUUUCCGGGAAAAGCUAUCCCAUGUCUCCCAAGGACUACAUUGGAGCCCGCCUGGAGGGUGGCGAUGGUUGUAUUUCGACCAUCAUCGCCCAAGCAGUUUUCGGAGAUGAUGUUUGGAUUCUCGGUGAUACGUUCCUCAAGAAUGUGUAUGCCGUUUUUGAUUUUGACCACGACCGCAUUGGCUUUGCCGAACUCACUCACCCUCCUACACCUCAAACAACCACAACCACGGCAGCAGGAGUUGCCGCACCCACAGACACAUUCGCUACAGAGAGCACAGUUUCAGGUUCUACCGAGUCAACUGAUUCUACCGAUAGUGCCGCCGCUUCUAACCCUACGGAAACUCACUCUGAGUUCAAGGGUUCGGGAACAACGUUCAGUGUUUCCAAUAUCUACUGGCCUGCUCUAGCCGGCCUCGUGUAUUUGUACUAUCUUUAGCCUUUUUUUUUUCUCCCAGCUGGGUCCAUGUAUAUGCCCAGCGUUACCUGUCCUAUACCCCGCCUCUACGCACCGAUUUCAUUGCAUAUAUUCUUGUAAUCAAAUACAACAUGUUGAUUCAUGCCAUUUAUUCGAUAUCUAGCGGGUUUUUUCUGGAAUACAGGUUACUGAAUCAAUAUCUGACGUCCUUUCUCAACCCUAUAGCACCCUGUCUGGGAUUAGUGUGUACGAUUUUGGAUAUGACUCUGCUUCUGUUAGCUCUACAGGCGUCAUUUGCCUGGGUAUAAGCGUCUUACCAAGCGUAGACCGCUCAAAGUCCGCAACACGGUUGAACCCUCCAACAGCCAUGAGGAUAUCAAAAUCCGCCAGCAACGACUUCAUCACAUGCCGUACCCCUUCCUCUCCCAUGAUACUCAAGCCCCAGAUCCAAAGCCGUCCCACGAACACAAACUUUGCGCCCAGAGCAAGCGCCUUUGCAACGUCACUCGCGCCUCGAACCCCCGAAUCGUACAUGAUGUACAACCUCUCACCAACAGCCUCCACAAUAUUUUCCAACGCAUCCAAACUCGCAAUCGCCCCGUCGACCUGCCUCCCGGCAUGAUUACUCACUAUAAUUCCAUCGACACCAAGCUCCACGCAUUUUCGAGCAUCACCGACAGACUGAAUGCCCUUGAUGACGAACGGUCUCCCGCCGGAGAUCUUCUUCCACUGCUCGAUCAGCCAGGGGAUCUUGUCCCACGACCACGCGCGGCCAUGCCAGACGGAGUCAAUCCACUUUGUUGAGGCGGCGACGACGUCCUUCUCGGGGUCAAUCCCUGAUUCACGGCAUCGACGCUGGAAAACGGGGUCACUGAGUCCUAGGUCUGCGCCGAGCCCGCGGUAGAAGGCAUAGUUUGAGUUUGCGACGUCCUCAUGCCGCCAGCCGAGCUGCCAUGUAUCUGUCGUUAGGACCAGGGCGUCGAAGCCGCUGUUCCAGGCGCGGUUUAGGAGGGAGAGGGUUAGCUCGUCGUCGUGCGGCAUGUAGAGCUGGUAGAACCGCGGAUUGCCUUGGCCAUUUGCUUCCCCGACUUUUUCAAUGGGCGAACUCCCCGCUGUUGAGAGACAGUAUGGUAAGUUCAGCUCGCCCGCUACCUUUGCAACGGCGAUCUCCGCGGAUUGGUGGUAGAUUUUGUUGAUGCCGAUAGGUGCGAACCCGAUGGGCGCCGAUACACGGUGCCCGAAGAUCUCGGUCGUUGUGUCGCGGAGGUUCGUGUCGACGAGCUGGUUGGGGAUUAUGCGGUGGCGGU